AUGGGAAACAGCACCCGAGUGACAGAGUUCAUUCUCUUGGGUCUGACAGAUGACCCCAACCUUCACCUCCCACUUUUCUUGGUAUUUUUGUUCAUCUAUCUUUUCACUCUGGUGGGAAACUUGGGGAUGAUAGUGCUGAUCCACUGGGACUCCCGCCUCCACACGCCCAUGUACUUUUUCCUCAGUAACCUUUCUCUGGUGGAUCUGGGUUACUCUUCGGCCGUAGCCCCCAAAGUGGCGGCCACUCUCUCCUCAGGGAACAAGGCCAUCUCCUACUCGGAAUGCGCCGCUCAGUUCUUUUUCUUCGUUGGUUUUGCCACCGUGGAAUGCUACCUGCUGGCUUCCAUGGCCUAUGACCGCCACGCAGCCGUGUGCAAGCCCCUGCAUUACGCCAGCACCAUGACAGCCCCCGUGUGCAUUUGCCUGGUGACGGGCUCCUACAUCUGUGGGUUUGUGAACGCCUCCAUCCAUGCAGGAGACACCUUCAGCCUCUCCUUCUGCGGCUCCAACGUGGUCCAUCACUUUUUCUGCGACAUCCCCCCGCUCCUGGCUCUCUCCUGCUCCGACACUCACGCCAGCGAGCUGGUCGUCUUCUUCGUGGUCGGCUUUAACGUUUUCUUUACUCUCCUGGUGAUUCUGAUCUCCUACCUGUUCAUUUUCAUCGCCAUCCUAAGGAUGAAGUCAGCCAAGGGCCGCCAGAAAGCCUUCUCCACCUGCACCUCCCAUCUGACGGCCGUCUCCAUCUUCUACGGGACAAUCAUCUUCAUGUAUUUACAGCCUGGCUCCAGCCACUCCAUGGACACUGACAAAAUAGCCUCGGUCUUUUACACGGUGGUGAUUCCCAUGCUGAACCCCCUCAUCUACAGCCUGAGGAACAAGGAAGUCAAAAAUGCCCUCGGCAAAAUGGUCAAACAGAUGAGGUUUUCUAGGAACGUCUAA